AUUUGAAUUGCCUGAAUGUAUCGCGUUCAAAAUCCUACACUACCAACUUUUAAUUUCAUUAAUCAGAUUAUCUUAAUCUUACGCUUGGGGCAUCUUCGAUUUUCAUCGAUAACAACUAUUACUGAUUGUAAUUUCGUUUUAUGUGCUUACUAAAUUCUCACAUACUGCGUCUAACACUUCCCCAGAACAUAGGUUACCUCCGGACUAAACGGGAACCUACGGAAUACUAAGCGUUACAUGAAAUAGCAUGCGAAUAUCAAGAUUAUGUGGUUCUGCAAAUCACUGUGCACGGAUAUCAACACGCAAAACCAUUUUCGGUGAUGUGAGAGAAUCUCGUAUUGUUUUUUGUAUUGACACUUCUGGAAGUAUUUACAAAGUGUGGGAUCAGAUUUGCUCUCAUAUUGUCGAACAUUUGUGCAAGAUGGCUAUAAACAACAAAGCCUUGUAUUUCAAUGUUAUAACAUUCGAUGACUAUGUCAAGCGCUUCCGAACGAAGCUGGUAGUAGCUUCUUACAUAAAUAUACAGGAGUUAAAUAGGUGGUUAAGAAGUGUAUGUUUUGGGACUAGCUGUUAUGUCUUUCCUGCGUUAUUGGCGUCUUACUCGCAUGUGGAUGCAGAAUGUGUAUUACUAGUCACAGACGGUUUACUGACUAAGGAGUUUUAUGAGAUACAACAAUUAUCCACAGUUUGCAACUCACGUCCCCUCUAUUUAACCCUUUUAAUGAAUAAUAUAAAUCCAAAUAACAGAGUUAUUGAACUGGCUUCUAAAUUAUUGAUGAUGACGUGUUGUUCGAAGAGCAGACUGAAUGUUAUUACAAUUGCUGUUAGUGGAUGUUUUGUCCAGCUUUCACCAAUUGAAUGGAGUAUCAGAGUUCCUUCAAAACUUUACGGAUGCCCGAAUUCGUGCUAUAAGUUUGUGCUUGACAGUCUACACAAAUUUCCAAACGAAAUCACAGGUGGAAUAUGUCCUGUUAAAAAUGCACAGACACAUAAUUUGACAUCUCAAGAAGCCAUGAAAGAUAGUGCUUGUCAAGUUUCGAACCCUUCAAGUGAAAAACUAUUAACAGACAGUUCCAUUCACCUCCCUAAGAUUAAUGAACAGCAAGUUCAAAGAAGUAAAUUGCUUGAAAUGAAUGACUGCCAAACUCAGACAAUUUCUGGCACGUCAGAAGAAGUAACUACAACAGAUUCAAACCAGUUUAUUACCUCUUCAUCCCAUACAAUGUAUGGUGAAGGUCAUAAUCAUAACUGUAUGUGCAAUUCGUGUCUUGCAUAUGAAUGUUCAGAGGAACAUGCUGGUAAUAAAUUCAAACGAAGCAGAUAUCGUGUCGCUAGAUCUUUCAUAAAUGGUCGCUCACAACUUGAUUGGUGGGCUGAUGAUAUUCGAAUAGCUCCUUCAGCUGGUGCUUUACUUCUGGGUCAUACUGUUUUGGCUCCAAAGUAUAACGAGGGUAGUCGGUUAUUUAUGGGUACUGUACUUUCACAGGUAGAUUACUGCACGUUUAUUAUCUGCUUUGAAGACCCUAAUUCAAAAAUAAAACAUCGUGAAAAUAUUCAAGAAACUCAUGUACAUGAACUACUAUCAUAUUUGGAUUUUCAUCGUCACCCUGUUGAUUCAGGAGAUUUUGUUCUUGUACCUCAGUGCAUAUCUAAUUGUAAGGAAUUGAAUCAUUCACAAAAGCAUUAUCUUAUUCCUUAUUAUGUUGCGAAAGUUUUAUCUGGUUACGAAUCGCGUUCAUCGAUUAGAAACGGGAACAUUUAA